AUGUCUUCCUCUGUCUCCGGCAAAACCUAUAGCAUCGCAUCUAUUCCUGCAGAUGGAAUCGGGCCCGAAGUCAUCGAGGCCGGUAUCACAGCUCUAAAUGCUUUGACCGAUACCCUUCAAACAUUCAAGCUCGAUUUCAAACACUACGACUGGAGCUCUGAGACAUACAAGAAGACCGGCAAAUACAUUCCUGAUGGCGGUCUGGAGGAGCUGAAGAAGCACGAUGCGAUCUUCUUUGGCGCUGUUGGCGCUCCCGGUAAGGACACUGGAGGCAGAACAGAGAAUGACCUUUACCUUCUAAUUGAAAGAAUAGAUGUCCCCGAUCACAUCUCCCUCUGGGGUCUUCGUCUGGCUAUUUGCCAGCCCUUCCAGCAAUACGCCAACGUCCGCCCAACCAGAGUCUUCCGCGGCACUGAGUCGCCGCUGCGGAAGUGCAACACGGGCGAUCUCGACUGGGUCAUUAUCCGCGAGAACAGCGAAGGCGAGUACGCCGGCCAGGGUGGCCGAUCCCACGCCGGCAAGCCGUGGGAGGUCGCGACUGAAGUUUCCAUUUUCUCGCGCCACGGCGUGGAGCGCAUUAUGCGAUUUGCCUUUGAGACGGCUCAGAAGCGACCUCGUAAGCUCCUGACUGUUGUCACAAAGAGUAAUGCUCAGCGCAACGGAAUGGUUCUGUGGGAUGAGGUUGCCAAGGACGUGGCUCGGGAUUUCCCCGACGUCACUGUGGAUAAGAUGCUGGUUGAUGCCAUGACGACUCGGAUGGUUCUGAACCCCAAGAGUAUUGAUACGAUCGUCGCUACCAACUUGCACGCGGAUAUCUUGUCCGAUUUGGCUGCUGCCCUGGCUGGAUCUAUCGGUAUUGCGCCUACCUCCAACCUCGACCCCACCCGUCAAUACCCGAGCAUGUUCGAGCCUAUUCACGGCUCUGCUUUCGAUAUCACGGGCAUGGGGAUCUCUAACCCCAUUGCUACUUUCUGGACCGCGGCGGAGAUGCUUGCUUGGUUGGGCGAAGAGGACGCUUCUGAGAAACUUCUGACCUGUGUGGAGAACGUGUGCGAGCAGGGUAUUCUCACCCGUGAUUUGGGCGGCAAGGCCACCACUAAGGAGGUUACUGAAGCUGUUGUUGCGGAGAUCAAGAAGCUGGGUUCCCAGUAA